AUGGAAGCAGGAGCAGAACCAGUAUUAGCACUAGUAUCAGAAGUAAUGCAAAGAACAGGACCAGGUGGCAGUUGCCAGGUAGUAAAAGUAACUGUUGUUUCCACCGGAAGAUCACUAACUAGAAUAAUAGAAGGACCAGUGAGGAAGGGAGACCACGUAUACUUACUAGAAGCAGAAAGAGAUCUUAAAGUAAGCAGACGGUAA